AUUUAUAUAAUUCAAUUGAUCUCUUCGUUAACUACGGUUCGAACUAACUACCCUGUAAUAGGGAUACUAACAGCCUUGCACACUUACCACGAUUUGGCUGACUUCUGUGCCUCCAUAUCAGCAACUUCUGAUCCCCACAGUCUCACUGAGGCCGAUGGUGAUUCCACCGCUUCGGAUGGAGUGGACCGUGCGCCAUCGCCGUGGUCUGAUAUGAGCUCCGGCGGCGGGGAAGGUCCCGCCUCUGCCGUUGGCGACGGAGAAGAGGAGGACGAGGAAAUAGAGGAUGCCGAGGAUCAGCAUAAAGACGCGCAUUUGCCCUUGUCCAGCGACGAGUACGCCGAGCAACGAGCUUACAUUGAGAACAACUUGGUAGUCCUCAUCCGCAUUUAUACCGCCAUUAAGCUUUCUGGCCUGAAGCUCAGGAAUAAGCGCGCCGACGAUGCGCUGAAGCAAGCCGAGCAGGAGUACGAGCGACAGAAGCUCACAAUAGGAGCGCACAAGGCCCUUGCAAGCCAGGACGGAGGGCAUGAACGAUUCCGACGCUACCUCACCAAGCUGGUGCUACGCAACGACUACAGGGAGGAUCUGAUACGGGGUUUGAGCUUCAUGAUUUACCAGUUAGGCGAGGCGAAGGAGGGCCAAAAUGUCACAGAAUCGCGAGACUUGGAAGACUCGCAAGACCCAGAAUGUUCGCAGGAUGCCCGAGAGUUGAAUGAGGGCCAAAUAGGAGAAAGUUACGAAGUGUUGCUCCAGAAGAAGCUCUUGGUCGUGCUUCGUGCAUACUUAUGCGACCCAGCCAGGCUGACCAUCGUCCAGCGCCGGCUUAUCGACGCCAACGUCGUACGGCGAAACCGCCUUGUCCAUGCCGGAAGUGCGAGCAUGGCAUCACCCCAUGCGUCAAAGGGGUUAACCCAACCCGCGCGACAGAUCGAGUCCUUAAACCAGAGUAUAGCCCUGCGGAGCUCUUUGAUGGCGGGAAACGUCACCUCAAGUUCGUAUAAUCUCGUGUCAUCUACGGCAUCACGGCCUGUUACGCAGUCCAAUCAUGGCGCCCAGGCCACCAAGAGCUUUGUGGCGCAGGCUGCUACGGCUCUCGAAUCGAGGUUCAGCAUUACAGGCGCCCUGACACCCGCGGUCCGAAGCACGGCUAGGUCGGCGGGCACCAAGAUGUCGGCUCGGGUGGGACAUUUGGACUAUCCAAGUUGCCCCAUAGAGGGGGGCGAUUCAUUUCCCUGCAAAUACUGCCCUAUGAUUCUGUCGCGAGACUACAGAACGAAAGAGAAGUGGCGUGGCCACAUGGCGCAAGACCUUUGCGGAUAUGUCUGCGUCUUCGAAGACUGCGAGUCCCCCGAGGAUAUGUUUGCCUCCACGUAUGCAUGGAUGUCGCACAUGGCGCGGUCCCACUCCGAGGUCGAAUGGGUGUGCCCCCUGUGCGCCAAUCAUCGCCUCCCUGCAGACGAUAUCCAGGCCGCGUCCUUCGCCGUGCCCUCAGAGCUUCGGGACCACAUCUUGGCCUGCCAUCCCGCCACUGAUGCUCACGGGGGCCUGACGGAGCUGGAGCUAGUGGUCAGCGCAGGCCAACGGGUUGUGGGUAUUCGUAAGGUCCGUUGCCCGCUCUGUCGGCCGGGCCUCGUGACCAGCGAGGAAGGUAUCGACGGCUCCGUCCCGUCUUUCCUCCCGGUGGGCCAAGAGGCGGGGCUGGUGCAGUUGGAGGAAGACCAGCAUAUUGCCACUCACAUUCACGAGUUCGCGCUGCACGCUUUCCCAUCGGCGGACGGCGAGGAGCUAUCAGAGGAAGCGACAUGGAGGGAUUCCGUUCCGUCCGAGCCAAGCACCAGUGUGGAAAUCAACCUUGAACGGCUGCGUAGACCCGAAAGUUCGUUCCAGGGGCAAGCGUUCGCAUAUUACACCAUAGAAAACAUACAAGACGCGAUAGAAGAGCUGAACGCCACAUGUCUGCGGGUGCAAGCGCCUGACUGGAUACAAGCAGAUAGCUCUGUGCGGCUCGAUGUCAUGGCGGGAAGAUUGAACGAUCUGAUUCUCAGUCUCCAACUGGCGCAGGGGGAAGUGGAUCUUGACGACUUUGCGUGGAAGCUGAACAAAUGCCAAGUCCUGUUUUCCCAGCUGAGCAACUUACCGGACUCGGUGUGGGAAGGGCCGCAGGUUAAAGAACUGCUGGAAGAGUUAGGCGAGGAAAUGCAGCAGCUGGAUUCCUUGUGCGAGACUGGUCGACAGCGUGAAGGACAGCAACUGUCUCCUUCGCCAGACUUGCCUUUCGACCGGAAGAAAUUAUCACCCAAUAUGAAUCCCACACUGACCUCGAUCGGCUCCUUUCAGUCAGCCUUAAGAGAUGCGGAAGUGGAGAUAACGAACCAAAGAGACGCCAAGAAGUACAAGUGGAUACCCAUUUCCUCAAUUGACAAGAUACUUGAGGGCCACAGCAUCGAUGUGGAGGAUGAGGUGCACGGCUUUAUAUUCAAGAAGGCCAAGAGGCUUUUCUCUCUUCUUGUCCGCCAGAGUCACUUCGAGUGGCUACCUCUCUUUCAUGCCAAUGACUUCGGGGACGAGGAUUUCCCCAUCAACUUCAGUGUCGACACAAAAUCUCAAGUAUGGGCCUUGAAGUCGCGCAAAACUGGCAAGGCAAUUAGCUUUGAGGUUACCGACAGAGAAGUCAAUGGGAUCAGCCGAAAGGACCAGGACUCACUCUACGACUUCUGCAACCACCACCAAUGGCUCAUAUUUGUGCCAAUCUUCUCUCCUGACGAUCGAGCUCAUGUGUUCGAUCCACUCUGUCGUAUGCCCUUCCUGAAGGAGUUCGAAUCCCAUGGGACCAACUUCAACAUUGUCAGGCAUUUUGUUAUUCACCGAAGCCAUCUCAACUUUCCCUGGGAUGACCAGAUUGGGACAAUAGUAGAUAAGGAUGACAACCCUCAUGUUGCUGUGAAAGAAAUACUGUCUGCGCAAGGUCUGACGGCAGACAAUUUUCGAGAUCUAGCCAAGAACGAAGCGACUAUCCUUACGCGCUUACGAGACCAGAAUCACCCACACUUUAUUCGAGCAAUUGCCAGCUACACCCAAGGAAAUCGACACUUCUUCAUUUUCCCUUGGGCUAGAGGUGGCAACCUGCGUAAUUUCUGGAGACUUCAACCUAGCUUGAGCACCGCAUCAGAUGAUACCAGCACCGAAGACUGGAACAACUACUUGAAAUGGUUCUUUGAGCAGCUGCUCGGUCUUGCGAGCGCCAUAAAGAACCUUCACCAUCCGAGAGAUGACUCAAAUGAGUCUUGCAGGCACGGCGACCUGAAACCUGAGAACAUUUUGUGCUUCAGCAAGAAUGAGGAUGAAAUUGGCGAAGGUAGAAUUCCGACAGGCGUUCGGCUCGUUGUUGAUGCUGGACAUGCCAAAGUACAUGAGAUGGCCACUGAGUUCCGAGGUUCCCCACCGGGUACACCAAAAGGCACGGUAAUGUACUCGCCCCCAGAGGCGGACAUUGAACAAGCUAGAGCCAGACGAUACGAUAUCUGGUCCCUUGGCUGUCUGUAUCUUGAGUCCCUUAUCUGGAUUAUAUAUGGCUACGAUGCGCUGAAGUUUUUUCAUUCAGAUGUCGGACCUGGAGAGCCGUACUUCGUUAAAGAUUCGCCUGUCGAUCUCAAAGAUGCCGUGAAAGAAUGGAUCAAGGCAAUCAAAAUGGAUCCUCGCUGCGCUCCUGUCGAGAAGACUGCCGUCGGACGUCUAGUCACUUUGAUUGAAGAGAGAAUGCUAGUCGUCCGAGUCACGAACCGCGGGGUGCCGGCCCGUGAAAACUUGGACACGGAGCAUUCGACAGCUCCCAUGCUCAUUCUCAGACGAGCUACAGCGGACAUGUCAGAGGAAGUUCCCGAAAGAGCCGAUGCUAAGGAAGUCUACGAAGAGAUGGAGAGAAUAUUCGAUGCCGGCAAGCAGAAUCAGGGUCUGGCAUGGAUGGUUCGGGAUAGGGAAGCUUCUGCACGCGGGCCCCCUAUCAUCACAAGAGGUCUAGCUUCUGGCGACAACAGAAGACUUUAA